CACGUUGAGCAGACACGGAAAACGUUGCACCCUUUUAACAAAUGGUUGUCUAACUAAAUCCGCACACGCCACUACAACAACACAAUGGAAGGAAGUCAGCAAAAAGUGGUGGCUAAUUUCUUACUACUUGGAGCUGAAAGCGUCGGUAAAUCUGCUCUCACGGUGCGGUUUCUCACUAGAAGGUUUAUUGGCGAAUACGGCGAUAUUGAAUCCAUCUACAGUCAUACUGACAGAAUAAACGGACGGGAUAUCUGUUUUAAUAUCUGGGACUCACUUUGCCCUCAGAAUGAUGAGGGCGCGGGACACAUCAGCGACCGACAACUCCAGUGGGCGGACGGUUUCAUCCUGGUUUACAGCAUAUGUGACCGUGCCAGCUUCAACGUGGUGCGGCAACAGGUGAAGCGCAUCCGGCAAGCCAAAAGCAAAUUCCCCGGCGCACCUCCCAUUGUCAUCGUAGGGAAUAAACGCGACCUCCAGCAUCGCCGCACCGUCUCCAGCGAGGAAGGACGUCUCCUCACUCUUUCCACAAACUGUGGCUUUUUCGAGAUCUCUGCAGCGGAGACAUACCACGGAGUACAGCUGGUAUUUCACGAACUGCUCGACCUUGUCCGAGAGGCGAGGGCGCUCAAGAAGGGGGCAGCUGGGAUCAAAGGUAUCGUUAGAAGCAUGUCCGCCGUUUUCGGGAGGAAGAGAACUGAGUAGUUCCAAUAGCCUAAUAUGAGAGACACUGAGAUGAUAGUUCUGCGUCUAAACGGUCCGGGACUUGUGCGUGAAGUGGUUCGCUACGUUUCCAUAUUGGAAUAGGUCAGUGCGGCCUAACUGAAUUCACCCUGCUUGGAUUCUUACUCAAAUGAGAAGAUUGACAAUCAAAUCCUGUCGAACGGGCCUUUGGACAAUCUACUUACUGCAAAAUAAAUACUCUUGAGGUCAGCUGGACUAAAGUAGCAUUACAUGCCCUUAAAUGUCAAAUAUAUUAGAUUGCCGUACAAUGAAUUGCCAGCUGUAAAGCAAAUGGUAUUAUGUUUAAAUGCCUGGAAGAAGUAUUGUGGAAAACCUAUGUGCAAUAGACAAUUUAUUUUUCUUUACUAAACUGUAUCAGUAUGCAUAAUGUUCUAAGGGUCAGGCCAGCUUGGCCUUGUCAUUGGCACAAUCCUUUUUUGGACUGUUGACAAUCUAUGCAAGACAGAUGAGAAUGUGUAGCUGUUUCACUCAUUAUAACGGUCUGGUCAUUAAACUUGCUGCCUCUGUUAGUAUACAUGUAGCUUUUCUGUGUUUCCAUAUGCCACCAGCAUUACACUUCAAGGCAUCUUGAAAGGCCAGCUAUUGGGGGACCAAUUCUCUGUUCAUCUUUAGGAUGUUCAAUAAUGUCAAUAUCUUCUAUUUGUGUACUGUACAUUUGAUGUGUUCUAAGAAUGCAGAGGCCCACUUCACUUUUUCACAGGGUUGUUAAUGCACUGGACCAACGUCUUGUCUAUUUUUCAUUUAGUACUGAUUCUAUAAAACAAUAAAUAGGAACGUUUCAUGAAUGAUAACUGAAGUCAUGUUUGUUAUACAAGUCAUUAGACUUUAAGUGAACAAAGUGUACACAUUACAGAUUUCCUAA